AUGCAGAAGAGCGUGCGCUACAACGAGGGGCACGCCCUGUACCUGGCCUUCCUAGCCCGCAAAGAGGGCACCAAGCGCGGCUUCCUGAGCAAGAAGGCAACCGAGGCGAGCCGCUGGCACGAAAAGUGGUUCGCCCUCUACCAGAAUGUGCUCUUCUACUUUGAGGGCGAGCAGAGCUGCCGCCCGGCGGGCAUGUACCUCCUGGAGGGCUGCAGCUGCGAGCGGGCACUCGCGCCGCCCAGGGCCGGGGCCGGGCCGGGCGGCGCCCGGGACGCUCUGGAUAAACAGUAUUACUUUACUGUUCUUUUUGGCCACGAAGGUCAGAAACCACUAGAGCUGCGCUGUGAGGAGGAGCAGGACGGUAAAGAGUGGAUGGAGGCCAUUCACCAAGCCAGUUAUGCAGACAUUUUGAUUGAGAGGGAAGUGUUAAUGCAGAAGUACAUUCAUCUAGUUCAGAUCGUAGAGACAGAAAAAAUUGCAGCUAACCAACUCCGACAUCAACUUGAAGAUCAAGAUACAGAAAUCGAAAGGCUUAAAUCAGAGAUUAUCGCUCUUAAUAAAACCAAGGAACGAAUGCGACCUUACCAAAGCAAUCAAGAAGAUGAGGAUCCAGACAUCAAGAAGAUUAAAAAGGUUCAGAGCUUCAUGCGAGGAUGGUUAUGUAGAAGGAAAUGGAAGACCAUUGUGCAGGAUUACAUUUGUUCCCCUCAUGCUGAAAGUAUGAGGAAGAGAAACCAGAUUGUGUUCACCAUGGUUGAGGCUGAGUCGGAGUACGUUCACCAGCUCUACAUCCUGGUCAAUGGCUUCUUGCGGCCCCUGCGCAUGGCAGCCAGCUCCAAGAAGCCCCCCAUCAGCCACGAUGAUGUCAGCAGUAUUUUUCUCAACAGUGAAACAAUCAUGUUUCUUCAUGAAAUAUUUCAUCAAGGACUGAAGGCAAGGAUAGCCAAUUGGCCUACUUUAAUUUUAGCUGAUCUGUUUGAUAUUUUGCUCCCCAUGCUGAACAUUUAUCAAGAAUUUGUGCGUAAUCACCAGUACAGCCUCCAAGUGCUCGCCAAUUGUAAGCAAAACAGAGAUUUUGACAAACUCUUAAAACAGUACGAAGCUAACCCUGCCUGUGAGGGGAGGAUGCUGGAGACGUUCUUGACCUAUCCAAUGUUUCAGAUCCCCAGGUAUAUCAUCACACUUCAUGAACUCCUAGCCCAUACUCCCCAUGAGCAUGUGGAGAGGAAAAGUCUGGAGUUUGCUAAAUCCAAACUAGAAGAACUGUCCAGGGUUAUGCAUGAUGAAGUGAGUGACACUGAAAACAUCAGGAAGAACCUCGCCAUAGAAAGAAUGAUCGUAGAGGGCUGUGAUAUUUUGCUGGAUACUAGCCAAACUUUCAUCCGCCAAGGUUCUCUUAUUCAAGUACCUUCCGUUGAGAGGGGGAAACUUAGUAAAGUUCGCCUGGGUUCAUUGUCUUUGAAAAAGGAAGGAGAAAGACAAUGCUUCUUGUUUACAAAACACUUUUUAAUUUGUACAAGAAGUUCAGGAGGAAAGCUGCAUCUGCUCAAGACAGGUGGAGUUCUCUCUCUAAUAGAAUGUACAUUGGUUGAGGAGCCCGAUACAAGCGAUGAAGACUCCAAAGGUUCUGGGCAAGUGUUUGGACACCUGGAUUUUAAAAUAGUGGUGGAGCCUCCUGACGCUGCUCCUUUCACUGUGGUCUUGUUAGCACCUUCACGCCAGGAGAAAGCUGCCUGGACAAGCGACAUCAGUCAGUGUGUGGACAACAUACGGUGUAAUGGUUUAAUGACUAUAGUGUUUGAAGAAAAUUCCAAAGUUUCUGUGCCACAUAUGAUUAAGUCUGAUGCCCGUCUUCACAAGGAUGACACUGACAUUUGCUUCAGUAAAACACUCAACUCCUGCAAAGUGCCCCAGAUCCGUUAUGCCAGCGUGGAGCGCCUCUUGGAGCGACUGACAGACCUGCGGUUUCUUAGUAUCGAUUUCCUCAAUACCUUUCUGCACACCUAUCGGAUUUUCACCACGGCAGCUGUGGUGCUGGGGAAGCUUUCUGACAUAUACAAGAGGCCUUUCACCUCUAUCCCCGUCAGGUCCUUGGAAUUGUUUUUCGCUACCAGCCAGAAUAGCAGAGGUGAACACUUGGUGGAUGGCAAAUCCCCGCACCUGUGUCGCAAAUUCUCUUCCCCACCACCACUGGCUGUGUCCAGAACGUCCUCCCCAGUGAGGGCCAGAAAGUUGUCCUUGACUUCUCCCUUGAACUCAAGGAUAGGAGCGUUGGACCUGACCACCUCCUCGGCGUCCAGCAGUCCCACCACCACUCACAGCCCUGCUGCAUCCCCACCACCACACACUGGUAAAGUACCGCUGGAUCUUAGCCGAGGCCUUUCUUCUCCAGAACAAAGCCCAGGAUCUGUAGAAGAGCAUGUAGAUAACCCCCGCGUGGAUCUGUGUAACAAGCUAAAACGAAGUAUUCAAAGAGCAGUGCUAGAGUCUGCGCCGGUGGACCGAGCAGGAGUGGAAAGCUCCCCCGCGGCAGAUGCCACCGAACUUUCACCUUGCAGGUCACCCUCAACUCCUCGGCACCUCCGCUACCGCCAGCCCGGAGGUCAGACCGCCGACAACUCCCACUGCUCUGUUUCGCCUGCUUCUGCUUUUGCAAUUGCCACAGCUGCAGCAGGACAUGGGAGUCCACCUGGAUUUAACAACACCGAGAGAACAUGUGACAAAGAGUUUAUCAUACGUAGAACAGCCACCAAUCGCGUACUGAACGUCCUCCGUCACUGGGUCUCAAAGCACGCACAGGAUUUUGAACUCAACAACGAACUAAAGAUGAACGUCCUAAACUUGCUAGAAGAAGUUUUGCGAGACCCAGAUCUUCUUCCCCAAGAACGGAAAGCCACAGCGAAUAUCCUGAGGGCCCUUUCACAAGAUGAUCAAGAUGACAUCCACCUAAAACCGGAGGAUAUAAUUCAACUGACGGACUGUCCAAAGGCCGAAUGCUUUGAGACCUUGUCGGCCAUGGAGAUGGCUGAGCAGAUCACCCUCCUGGACCACAUCGUUUUCAGAAGCAUUCCCUACGAAGAAUUUCUUGGGCAGGGGUGGAUGAAGCUGGAUAAAAAUGAAAGAACACCUUACAUUAUGAAAACCAGCCAACACUUCAAUGAUAUGAGUAACCUGGUGGCCUCCCAGAUCAUGAAUUAUGCAGAUGUCAGCUCCCGAGCCAACGCAAUUGAGAAGUGGGUGGCCGUGGCGGACAUCUGCAGGUGCCUGCACAACUACAACGGCGUGCUGGAGAUCACCUCAGCCUUAAACAGAAGUGCCAUCUACCGGCUGAAGAAAACCUGGGCCAAGGUGUCCAAGCAGACAAAAGCUCUAAUGGACAAGCUUCAGAAGACUAUUUCAUCUGAAGGAAGAUUUAAAAAUCUCAGAGAAACCCUUAAAAAUUGUAACCCCCCUGCUGUUCCUUAUCUGGGGAUGUACCUGACAGACCUGGCAUUUAUUGAAGAAGGAACACCAAACUUUACUGAGGAAGGCCUUGUCAAUUUCUCCAAGAUGAGAAUGAUAUCACACAUCAUCAGAGAGAUACGCCAGUUCCAGCAGACUUCCUAUCGAAUAGACCAUCAGCCAAAGGUCACUCAGUACUUGCUUGACAAAGCCCUCAUCAUAGAUGAAGAUACACUGUAUGAGCUGUCUCUAAAAAUUGAACCUCGGCUCCCUGCUUGA